AUGUCGCGGAGCCCGGAUCCAGUGGUCCAUGACGCACCUGACGCCGCCGCUGCGGUUUGUCUAAUGGGUGCGGCCGUGGGAGAGUUGUCCAGGGUGAAGGCAACCAAGGCACGGCAAGAUGAAGUCAUGAAAGCGGCGCGACGCGCCCGAUAUUUCCUGCGUUCACCACAACACUUUUACUCCAACGCUCCGAUCACGAUCGCAAGCAGCUUGCUACGGCCGGCUGGGACGACUUGUUGUUUAUUAUUGGGUGGCGAAAAGAAAGUUGAGAGUGUUGAGAAAGGACAACAGCAAGGAAGCAAGGAUAAACCAAAGCAGUCGACCGCAAACGGACGGCUACCCAGAUUCUGCCCGAACUCGACCUUGCCUCGCCCAAACCGCGACCCGCGACCCCAACGCUCGCCGACUCUCGCUGCAGCAGGUCCAGCAAACAAGCACGAUACGCACGUCCUCCGACUCUGCGAUAUGCCGUAUCGCAAUUCGCUGAGGCGCGGGCCUCCCAAGCCGAACGCGAGCGAGGCGGGCAGGGGCGCCAGCACGCGCCAGGCCGCGGCCCAGACACCCAAGCGGAACGCACGUACCGCCUUAAACGCCACCAAGGGGGGCAAGGGGCGUGGGGCAACACGGGCCAACGAGCGCGCGGACAAUGGCGACGCGCACGAGCCCACAGGGAUGACCUCUGACGAGGACGAGGACAGUGAAUCAGAAUCCUCCUCAGAUGGGGAGGACGAGGACGAUGCGUCCGGGGCGUCGGAGGUGUCCGACUCGGAGGAGGCCGACGGGGAGAGCGACGCGUUCGAGCCCAGUGCGUCUGAACAGGAGGUCGAGGACGACAUUGAGUCGGUCGUCAGUGAGGACCUCGACGCUACGCCGAAGGUUGGACGGAAACGCGGUGCAGGUGCCAAAGCACCGGCGGCGAAGAGGCGGAAAAAAGCCGCAGAGGAAGAGGAGGAGGACGACGAGGACGACAUCGAGCUUGAGCCGGGACAGAAGAUCGUUGCCCGUAUCAAGGUCUACCCCGCACCGAAGACGGGGCAAGUACCACCCGGCCAGAUCUCGCGCAACACGCUCGACUUCCUGACGCACCUUCAGUACCCGAAAUACAACACGCGCGAAUGGUUCAAGUCGCACGAGCCGACGUUCCGGCAAGCGGAGAAGGAGUGGCACGACUUUGUUCAAGUGAUGCAGAUCAAGUUCAACGAGGCCGACGACGAGCUGCCGGUCCUGCCGUCGCGGGAUAUCUGCUCUCCGUACAAGUCGCACUUUGGCCUGUCGUACUCGCGCUCCGGGCGCAAGGGCAUCUGGGCAGGGUACCACCUCUACAUCGAGCCCGGGGGCCACACGGCGAUGGCAUGCGGCGCGUGGCAGCCCGAGAAAAAUGUGCUGGCCAACAUUCGCCGGCGCAUCCUCUCCAACCCCCAGCAGCUGCGUGAUGCCAUUGAGCGUCCCGAGUUCGUGGCCAUGUUCGGCCCAGCGAAGCCGCACCCGAAAGGCAAGAGACAGAACGUGUUUGGACAGAAGGACGAGCUCAAGAUUGCCCCGAAGGGCAUCGAUAAGACGCACAAGGACAUCGACCUGCUCCGCAUGCGCAGCUUCACGGCUGUCCGGAGGUAA